ACGAUAGGACAUGGAGCUUUUGGUAAGGUAUUUUUAGUUAAUAAAAUUGAUACAGAGGAAAUAUAUGCAAUGAAGGUAUAUGAAAAAAUGAGUUUAUUUGAAAACAAUAUUUUAAUGAAAGUUAUUAGUGAAAGGAAAAUAUUAAAAGAUGUUCAUUCUGAAUUUAUAGUAAAGUUAUCAUAUGCAUUUUAAGCAGAAAAUAAAAUUUAUUUAUUAAUGGAAUUCGUAUAAGGGGGAGAAUUACAUCAAUAUUUAAAAAAACUUAUUAAAUUUGAUGAAAAUAAAACAAAGUUUUAUACAGCUUAAAUUAUUUUAGCUUUAGAAAUAUUGCAUUAAAAUAAUAUAUUAUAUAGAGAUUUAAAGUUAGAAAACGUAUUAUUGGGUUAAGAUGGAUAUAUAAAACUAACAGAUUUCGGUAUUUCAAAGGAAUACAUUAAAGGUGAAGAUAAAACAAAUACGUUUUGUGGCACACCUGAAUAUAUGGCACCAGAAUAAAUAUAAAAUUUAGGUCAUAAUAAAAAAGUAGAUUUGUGGCAAUUAGGAAUUUUAAUUUAUGAGAUGUUAUGUGGAAGUACUCCUUUUAAAAAUUCGAGUUGUAGAAAUAAUAAAGAAGUAAUGUUUAGUAAUAUUAUAAAUCUUAAUUAUAAUUUUCCAUACUUUGUUUCUAAUAGCGCAAGAGGAUUGAUUUAAGGAUUACUUUAAAAAGAACCAAAUAAUAGAUUAUCAUUUGAUUAAAUUAAAUAGCAAAAAUUUUUUGAAAAUUUUGAUUGGGAAUCACUCAAAAAAAAAAAAAUAGAACCAGAAUAUAAGCCACCACCUCGAACUCCUAUCGAUUUAAGAAACAUUAACUAAUAAGCUAUUUAGUAAUCUAUAGUUAUUGAUAAAUACUAAGAUAAAAAUAAAGAAGAAGCUAAUAAAUAAUUAGUUGGAUUUAGUUAUUAUUAAGAAAUGUAUUUAAUGUUAGGAACAUUAUUUUUUGGUUCAACUUCUUAUUUAGUACUUCGUUAUUAAAAAGAAAAAAAUUUGAACAUCCAUUAGUAAGUGAAACAAUUCGUUUAAUGGAAAGAAAUACUUAAAUAGUUGAAUUAAUAGGUUAUCCAUUGGACCCUAAAAUCGGUUUAAAAAGUAUAUUUGAUUAAUAAGGAAAUAAAGUAAAUUUAUUAUUUACUGUAACUGGACCAAAAGGUUACAUACAUAUUGAUGUAACAGCAAGUAGUAAAGAAUUAAAAGACUUAAAAGAUACAUAAGAAAAGAUGGAAUACUAUUUACCUGAUAAUGAUAUAUAAACAUAGUUAAUUGAAAUAAAAAAAUUAGAAGAAUAAUAAAAGGUUGAGUUAUUAAAUUAAUAAAUUCCAGAAAAUUCAAAAUUUUGGAAAAUGGAAUUUUUAGCAGCUGAUUUGGCAGAUUCUGUAAGAAUCAUAGUGUAGGAUAAUAUUGGGGAAAUAUUAAAAAAUAAUAAUUAAUAGUAAAAAAAGAAAUAAAAAAUAAAUACGUAUAGGAGGUAAUAACACCUCGAAAAACAAUACAAGAUUUAUUAAAGGAAUAUAGUUAUAGAAAUAUAAAUUUAAAUAUGAAAGAUAUUAAUGA